AGCCCUACCGGGUAAUAACACAACGCAAAAAAAAAAAAAAAAAGAAUGAAACCCAACAACCAAUCUCCCACCGUGUCCUUCCUUUAGCGCCAGCGCGGUGAGCGAGACCGCCAGAUUACGCAUUCCUCUUGCACCCUCUCCCUCUCUUCACCCGACGCCGCCGCCGGCCGGCAAGUUAACAGUGAUACAAAGAUUUUACCUUGGACCACGUCCAGUCUCUUCCUGAUGGUAAAUGUUUGUCUGCAAUGCGGCGAUGUAGGCUUUUCUGUGGCUUUGAUUAAUUGUCAUGGGUGUGACCAACAUCUGAUCCAUCGAUAUUGCUUACACCCAUUUCCGGGUUUCGAUGACAUUGUGCUGUGGUUUUGCGAGGAUUGUCAGCCAAAGUUCAUAAGGCUAUCAAAAUCUGAUAAAUAUCCCAUCGUUGUCAAAGGAAGUGACUAUGCGAUAUUAGAACAGGUGCCUGUGAAGAAAAGAAAGCGCAGAGUGAAAAGACGGCUCUGGUCAAAAGGUUCGAAAAGGAAAUCUCAGAAAAAGGAAAAGGCAGCUUCCCCCUCAACUAAAGUCGAAGUGCAAACGGUGGAUGUGGAGCCUCUGAUACUGAAAGAUGAAAGUAGGACUCCUGUUGAAAAUUUACAAAUUGAUUCGGCUUCCAAUGGUGUUGGAGAACCAAGUAAACAGAAGAAGCGAGUGAAAAAAGGAAAGCAAAAACAACAGAAGAAGCUAUUGAAAGAAGAUGCAAUGGUUGAAGUAGCUUCCCCCUCAACCAAAGUUGAAGUGCAAACGGUCGAUUCGAAGCCUCUGAUACAGAAAGAUGACAGUAGGCCUCCUGUUGAAAACUUACCAAUUGAUUCGGCUUUUCAUGGUGUUGGAGAAACAAGUAAACGGAAGAAGAAGCGAGUGAAGAAAGCAAAGCAAAAACAACAGAAGGUAUUGAUAGAAGAUGCAAUGGUUGAAGAAGCUUCCCCCUCAAGCAAAGUUGAAGUGCAAAUGGUCGAUGCGGAGCCUCUUAUACAGAAAGAUGAAAGUAGGACUCCUGUUGAAAAUUUACCAAUUGAUUCGGCUUUUCAUGGUGUCAGAGAACCAAGUGAACGGGAGAAGAAGCGAGUGCAAAAAGCAAAGCAAAAACAACAGAAGAAGAUAUUGAAAGAAGAUGCAAUGGUUGAAGCAGCUUCACCCUCAACCAAAGUUGAAGUGCAAACGGUAGAUGUUGAGCCUCUGAUACAGAAAGAUGAAAGUAGGACUCCUGUUGAAAAUUUACCAAUUGAUUCGGCUUUUCAUGGUGUUGGAGAACCAAGUAAACGGAGGAAGAAACGAGCAAUAAAAGCAAAGGAAAAACAACAGAAGAAAAUAUUGAAAGAAGAUGCACUGGUUGAGGCUCCCCUUUGUGAUAUUGCACCUCUGGAGGUUAGUUGCUCCACGGUGAGAGAGCAGGAUGAAGAGGAAUUGGUAGUCAAACAGGCUGAACCUCUUCCAAGCAGAGAUCCUCAGGCGGUUCUCUGUGAAACGCCCCUUCAAAUACUUGUCGGUGAGGGUAUAGAGACAGAGAAUGUACUCAAAGAAGACAAUCAAAAUAAAGGUGAUGACCGUAAUAACAGUCCAAAAAUUCAACUGGCUGUUACUGAUGCUUCAGCUGAACAGUUGCAUGAUGUAUGUGCUCUGCCAAUAAAAGAUCCAAGUUGGAGGGGAAGUUUGAGCAUCUUCGAGCGGGUUUUCGGGACUUCAACUCGACUCGUUGCUCAUCUUUCUAAUUUAGCAUGCCCUAGAGUAACAGAGGCUACAAAAGCAUUACCGGAACUGCUUUCCACAGAUCUGUUUCCAAGGCUAGAUAUAUGGCCAAAGGGUUUCCAAAAGUGUAGACCCAGUGGAAACAGCAUUGCCCUCUACUUUUUCCAUAACAGGGAAUGUGAUGAGAAGAUAUUUGAUAAGCUAGUGAAACGCAUGAUGGAUCAAGACCUUGGGAUAAAAUCGGUGCUUGAAGAUGCAGAGCUGUUAAUUUUCACUUCGAAAGUGUUGCCAGUGGAGUACUGGAUGUUCCAGAAGAAAGUCUAUCUGUGGGGAGUUUUCAGGGGGAAGCAACCAUCGUCGAGUGCAGCUAGUGGUGUUACUGAUGAGAAAAGCCAUGCCCAGAACAGCCGCAGCCCGGUUAGUCCUUUGAGCAACGGUAGUGCCUUGUGAUGGUUAGGGCUCCAGUGUAUAUUAGCAUAAGUCUGUCUUUGCCUGUUCUAGCAUAAUCCUAUCUUAGCCUGUCAAUGUAUGUGAAAAUAAGCUGUUCUUUCUAUCGUUUUCCUGAAUCACUCUUGGACUGAUCUGGAGUCUUACAUUGACAUGACCAGAACUAAUCUAGGUGGUUUAUUGGGUAAUCCCAGAACCAAGUCAUUAGCUUUAUCCUCUGUAGGAAGUAAAAGAUGUUCAAUCAGCGGGUUUAACUGUUUAAUAAUGUGUUUUGUCUCCCUUAGUAUAUGGAUUUGUUUGACUUUAAUGUCCCCCCUGCGAAUUGAAAAAACAAAGGGGGGUUGAGUUGGG